AUGGGGAAGAGCCGUGAAUGUACGGCAGCAGUGUGUCGCAAUGAAGUCACACUGGGGAGCGUGGUAGACGCAUUUCUACCAAUUGCUGUUGCCAAAACUCCGUUCCGAAAAGUGGAUGAGUUGGCAAAAGCGAUAACUUUGUGGGAUUCCGACGAAAAAGUGGAGAUAAAAGAAACACUUUCGCGGAAGGACCCGCACAACAUAACCGUUGUAGCAGAGAAGAAAGGAUGGCGAAAAGCCAUUGCAGCUUUGACAAACUGUCCUCAUUGGCAGCAUGCAACGAAAGAAACGUUUGGAACACCCAUGUAUUCUGGGUACCGAGGUAUGCGCAGCGUGAUCCGUUUGCUGAAGCGACCGAGAAAGUUCGAGCAGAAGUGA